AUGCCCACACGCCACCUCCUCAACAAUGCCCGAUCCGUAACCUCAACCACAUCGACACCUCGCACCCUCCUCCUCACCCUUGACGCCUUCGACACCCUCUUCCACCCACGCCAGCCCGUCCCAGAACAAUACGCGACAACAGCCCAUGAAUUCGGCCUUUCGCGCACGGCCAUCACCCCCCAGAAACUCAAGGCAGCUUUCAAGACAAUCUUUCGCGAACAGGCCGCCCGUUACCCGAACUACGGUCGCGCAGAUGUGCUCCGUGGUCGAUAUGGCGGGCCGAAACAAUGGUGGGAGGAGGUGAUUCGGGGUAGCUUUUCGCGGGCUUUGUUAUCUGAGGGGGCGAGCGGGUCUCGCAAUUCAGCGCGAGCUACACAAGCCGCUACCAGCAUUAAUCCCAAUCCCGAUUUCGAUCCCCAUCUCCCGGUUGGUAUGGUCGAGGCGUUGGUUGAUCGAUUUGCGGGUGCGGAGGGUUACACAUUGUACGAGGAUGUUGAGCCAUUUUUCGCGCGAUUGCGAAAGCUCAAAGUUAACGCCGGGGCCACGAAUCGUCGAUUUGACCGCGUGCUGGUUGGCGUCGUGUCUAACUCGGAUGAUCGGGUUCCUGCUGUUCUGAGGGCGCUUGGACUGCGUGUCGGUGAUCUGCGGGCUGACCAGGAUUUUUCCAGUAUGGAGCUACCUGGGUUUGAGCAGCGAGGUAAGAAGAUUGGGCGGGACGACUCUGAUGAGUCUGGCCGGAGCGUUCAGUCUGAGGUUGAUUUGGAUUUGGUAAUUACGAGCUAUGAGGCUGGUGAAGAGAAGCCUCACAGGUUGAUAUUUGAUGUUGCGGAGCGACAAGCUCGAUUGUUGGCUUCGUCAUCAGUUGGCACACGGAUUUCUAGCAGUCCUGGAGACUGGGUCUGUGUGCAUGUUGGCGAUGAUUAUGAAAAGGAUUAUCUUGGCGCACUGGAUGCCGGGUGGCAGAGUUACUUGCUCUGUCGAGGUGGUGGAGAGGAGCGCGGUGCUCAGACUAUCUCUUCGUUGACUGAGUUAAUCCACGAGCUGGAGAUUGAUUGA